UUUAAAACUGCGCAUUUGCCCCAGUUUUACAGUUACUCCGUCUCACGCCUGAAAACGUCUGACGCACAGAACGCGGAAAAUCAGCAGCCCUCGAAGAAGGCCCAGAAGAAAGCCGAGAAGGCAGCCAAGAAAGCCGAACUGAUCCAGGAGAAGAAACAAGCCGCCGGCGAUAAUGCGGCCGCCACGGACGGCCCCGACGGCGAAGACAUCUCCAAAGAUCUCUACGGUAAACUCCCCCUGAUCCAGUCGACAUCCAAACCGGAUCGCACCCUCACGAAACUGAAAGAUCUCGGCGUGGCCGUGGCCGAUCAGUCCUUAUGGGUCCGUGCGCGCGUCCAAACCAGUCGCGCGAAAGGAAAGCAGUGUUUCUUCGUCCUGCGUCAGCAGCAGUUCACCGUGCAAGCCUAUCUGGCCGUAGGGGAGAAAAUCAGUAAACAGAUGGUGAAAUUUGCCGCGGGAAUCAGUAAGGAGUCGAUUGUGGAUAUUAAGGGAAUUGUUAAGAAGGCCGACCCGAAAAUCGAGAGCUGCUCACAGCAGGACGUGGAGGUCCACGUGGAGGAGCUGUAUGUGGUGUCGGCGGCUGAGCCGCAGUUGCCGCUGCUGAUUGAGGACGCGGUGCGCAGUGAGAAUGCUGAGGACGGUCCGCAGAUUACUGUUAAUCAGGAUACGCGAUUAAACAACCGGGUCCUGGAUCUCCGUACCACGACCAAUCAGGCGGUGUUCCGCUUGGAAGCCGGUGUGUGGAAGCUCUUCCGUGAUACUCUGGACAAAUUCGGUUUUGUGGAAAUCCAUACACCCAAAAUCAUCUCGGCGGCCAGCGAAGGCGGUGCCAAUGUGUUCGCGGUUAGCUAUUUCAAGAACAGCGCCUACAUGGCGCAGAGCCCGCAAUUCUACAAGCAAAUGGCCAUCGCUUCCGAUUUCAACCGGGUCUACACGGUCGGAUCGGUCUUUCGUGCGGAAGACUCCAACACACACCGCCGUCUAACGGAAUUUAUUGGGUUGGAGAUGGAGUUUAAUUAUCACUAUCACGAAGUCACUGAUACGAUUGGGAAUCUCUUUGUGGAGAUUUUCAAGGGUUUACGUGAUCACUACGCAGAAGAAAUCGCCACAGUGAAUCAGCAGUAUCCCGCGGAACCGUUUAAAUUCUUAGAAUUAGAACCAUCUCUUCGUCUCGAAUACCGCGAAGCCGUCCAACUACUCCGCGAGAACGGUGUGGAGAUGGGCGAUGAGGACGAUUUGAGCACCCCCAGUGAGAAACUCCUCGGGACACUGGUGCGGGCGAAAUACGACACCGAUUUCUUCAUCCUGGACAAGUAUCCCUUGGCGGUACGGCCCUUCUACACCAUGCCUGACCCCAACAGCCCGCGCUACUCCAAUUCAUACAAUAUGUUCAUCCACGGUGAGGAGAUUCUAUCGGGUGCGCAGCGCAUCCACGAUCCGGAAUUACUGGUGGAACGAUCGAAGCACCAUGGCAUCAAACUGGACACCAUCCAGUCGCAGGCCCGCGUUGGAGGGGGGGCGGUGGGGGCGGCCGCCCCCACCAGUCUCGGAAUAAUCUUCAAAACGGAAUCGUCAUCCACUCUUCACAUGGUUCACAACCAGCACAUGUACAAUAUAAUGCCUAUUCACAACUGCGUGAUCAUUUCGCCAGAAGAAACCGGACGAAAAUUUAACGCUUUGGAGUCUCGCGGCGGUACAUUUUCUUUCCUUACAUGGGAAUUCAAGUCAGCGUUUGCAGAAUUGUGGCUGAUAUCCACCACAGUUACGCGGUGUUCCGGGUCGAGCGUCUCAUCUUUAAUGUGGGCCUGUGUGUUAAAGGUCACGUGGGAAUCCCGCCGUUUGUGAUUGGGCGGGAUUUGAUGUAGCGGCCUCUUCACAUGGUCCGGUUCAUAAUUUUCAUUGACUAUAACGACGGAGUCGGCGGGUAGUCGUCGAACUUCCUUUAAAGAAUUUUCGUCGUCGGUCACGAGGUUUUCGAUGUUGCGCACUACAAGCGGGCUUGGUGGCCUUUCCGGAUCAUGAUCACCACUGUUAACUGUAUCUUUGCAAUACCACGACAUCUAUAAACCCAAAUCGACCACUUUUUAAUAUUCCUUGAUUAACUACUUAAUAAUUAUUACGAUUUUACAAAUACAAACAAAGUUCAAAUAUAGAUAUAACAACAGGUACUAUAAAUAUUUUAUACGUUCGGAUGAUUCC